GGAGGAGUUUAGACCGCCUUAAUUGGGCACUGCGCUACAUUAUGCAGAAGGGCACUCUAAAUACUGAUGGACAGCAAUCUUCUGCUGAAUUUUUUGCACAUGAUGGGAUUUUUUCACUCGAUUCAGCUCAGUGGUUCAGAGUAGUGAAUUCCUUGACGAAUCUCCAAGUUUGUAACAAUUAUCUGGUUGGUGCUACUUCGAAAAACACCCUAAUAAGAGCGUCCACUCUUCCUCCUCACAAUAUAUCUGAAAUUGAAAUUAGCCGCCUGUCAGAUGACCGAGUCCAUAAUAUUUUUCUGGAUCCUAUGGGUUGGCAUACUGUAAUAAGUAUGCAGUCUGGCACAAAUUUUUACAUCAAUAAAGGUAUGAAAAAGGUUCGCCCUUUAAACAAGACAAAAGAUCAUUUGUUUGAUUCUAUAGCUUGGAAUCAGCAUAAUGUAAAUGAAUUAUCUACACAAGAAAUUUUAAUCGGCACAAAUGAUGGACUAAUAUUUGAAACAAUGCUUAUGUUUAAUGAAGAUAGCUUUUUUAGUUCGGGAAGUAUUGAACAGUAUUGGAUCCAGAUGAUUAAUUUAGGACAUAGUGUAACAGGUAUAGAAGUGAUUCGUUUUCCUAUUGGUUCACCUAAUGUACUAGUCGGUGAACCGCAACGAUGUGUAGUCUUUGCUACAACACCUUGUCGUAUGUAUCAAUUUGCUGGAUGGAUAAAUACUAACAGUUCAACAACUGGUUCAAUUUUAUCUCAUCUAGCAGCAAAUACUGCUACAUCUGGUAUAUCUAAUGCAAUAAAUGCUUAUACUGGAGGCCAUAAGUCUAGUUUAGUGAAUGAAUAUAAUCAACAACAAUCUGUUGGUAUACAAAAUACAACUAUAUUUCCUAUUAUCACUGGACUAUUCUCUAGUGUAUUCAAUUCAGAUGAUAAACUACCUGUUGGAUCCAAAGUUACUGAAUUUCCUGGAAGUUUUGGAUAUAGUGAUUUAAAACUUUAUCGUAAUGUAAAAGAUGAACUUCCUAGUAAAUUUGCUUGGAUGACAGGUCCAGGUGUUUAUUUCGGUUAUAUAAGAACAGAACAAUUUAGUAUGCCUCCAUUUACAAAACUUUCAACAAAUGAUCAAUUAAUGGAUAGAAAAUCAUUUCCAAAUGAUAUUGUUACCCUUUUACCUACGAUUACUGAUAAUACAGAUGAUCCAAAUCGACCAAAAGAUAUAUUCUCUGGUCGUGGGGUUAAUUUAACACGAAAUACAAAACUUAUUCCAUAUCCAAUUAUUCAUAUGCUUGAACGACCUGGUAUACCAUUAGGUAUUUGUUUAACAGAAUUUCAUCUUAUUAUUAUAUAUGUGGAUCGUAUUAAAGCUGUGAAUACUUUAGAUGAUCGAGCAAUUUAUUCAAUGCCAUUAAAUAAUAUUAUUGGUUGUGAACGAGCUUUAGGUAUUUCACGUGAUUCAUUAUCUAAUCAUAUUUGGAUAUUCAGUAAUAAUCAUUUGAUUCGAUUAAAUAUAAAGAAUGAAUUAUGUAGAAUAUGGCAAAUCUAUUUAGAUCGUUUACAGUUUGAUGAAGCUCGGCAAUUUUGUCAGGAUCCUGAUCAAAUAGAUACCAUCAAUAUACGUGAAGCGGAAUAUAAUUUUGAUAAUGGAAAUUAUGAACUUGCAGCUAAAUUAUUUGCUCGUAGUUCUAUACCAUUUGAACAAAUUGCAUUACGUUUUUUUCAUUUAUCAUCGUCCUUAUCUUCAUCAACAACAACAACAACAACAACACAUACAAUAGAUCUUUCAUCAACUCUUAUACCAUCUACAUUUAUUCAACAAGGUUAUGAAAUUAAUGAUGAUCAUGAUAUUAUGGAAGCAUUAUUGAUUCAAUCAAAACAAUAUAAAUCAUUCAUUAGUACAUCAAUCAAUUCAUAUAAUGAUAAUAAUAAUAAUAGUAGUAAUAAUAGUAGUAUAUUUACACCAUUAAAAAUAUUUUUAUCAUCUAAAUUAGAUUAUUUAAUAGAACAAAAAAAUCAUAUCAAUAAACCAUUAAUAGUAAAUUUAUCAGGUCAAAUUAUUUUAUUAGCAAUAUGGUUAAUAGAAUUAUUAUUAACUGAAUUAAGUGUUUUACAUGAUCGUCUUAAGAUGAUCAUAAAACUGGAUCAUAAUGAUGAUCAUGAUCAUGAUGAUGAUGAUCAUGAUCAUGAUGAAAUCGUUAAUGAUAAUCAACAAAAUAACAAAAUGAUUUGUGAUGGAAAUAUUAACGUUAACAAUAAGAAUGAUUAUGAGGAGAAAAUUAAAUUAACAUUACAAAAUCGUUUAGCUAAUGUACAACAUGAAUUUCGUACAAUUAUAGUAUUACCUGAUGUAUUGAAUUUUUUACCAGAAGCAAAAUCUUUGAUAUACGAUUUAUUAGAAAAUCAUGGUGAAAAUGAUGAACUUGUUUAUUUUAUGGAAUUAAUGAAAGAUUAUCCUCGUUUAGUGGAUCAUUAUAUGCGUCAAUGUAUGUAUAGUGAUGCCUUAAAAAUAUUAGCCACUUAUCCAAACUGUUUAAAUCGUUUAUAUGAUCAUGCAUCAUGUUUAGCUAGUAAAUGUCCAGAGGAAUUUGUUAAUGUAUGUCUUCGUUUAAACAAUAAAUUGGAUAGUAAUCGACUUUUACCUUCAAUUAUGUUGUUACCAAAUAAUUAUGCAAUACAGUACUUAGAAGAUACUAUUGAAAUAUAUACUCAUAAAAGUAUAUCCAAUCAAGCGAUACAUCAUAUGCUUAUAUCAUUAUAUGCUAAUGAAUAUCAUUUAAAUCAUAAUGAUAAUAGAUUAAUGAAAUAUUUAGAAAAAUUUAGUAUCCAUGCUAUUCAUAUGAAACGUUUAAAACAAAAAAAUCUUAUCGGUAAUGAAGAUCUAUUCAAUGAUGAUCAAUUAUUGAAUAUUGAUUUAACUGAAUUAUCAUUGUUAGAACAUGAUAAUGAUGAUUGUUCUACAAGUAAUAUAAUGAAUCAAUUAAAAUGUUUAACAAAUCAAAAUCAAGAACAAACUAUUCAGUCAUUGUUACCCUAUGAUCCUGGUUAUGUGCUUCGUUUAUGCAAAGAAGUUGAUCAUUUAAAAGGUGUACUUUAUAUACUACAAUUAUUAGAUAUGCAUCAAGAAGCUUUACAAUUAGCCAUUGAAUUGGUACGUUUUUUAUAGUUCAAUAAAAUUUGUUAAAAUUAACAUUUAGUAAUACAAUUAGUCUAUUACUAACAUUGUGGUUGAUGCUAUUUAGGUAGAUGGAUAUAGGUAAUAUGUAACAUGUAUCAGAAGAGGGACUGCCUGGAAGCAGAAGGCUAAGAAGAUCGAAUUAACGAAAACAGAAUGGAAUAUAGAAAGGAAUUGUGAGUUUGAAGAAUUAUACAGAAUGUAAAGCAUAUUUGAUGGAAGUGACUGGCUUCAAGAGGUAUAUCCUGGAGUUCUAGUGAGAAGUAGUGAGUGACCAGUGGAGUUUAACCAGGUCUGUUGUGACAUAGUAACUCACUGAAGACAAUGAUAUACGGUGGCGCAACUUCGUGGAUUAGUUGAAGUUAGACAUUAACACCGUUGGAUGCCGGCUGGCUCAGUCGUCUAGUUAAUUAAGUGCCUGGUGCGAGACUGAUAGGUUCUGGGUUCGAAUCUCGCGGGGAGCGGAAUCUUGGAUGCGCACUGCUGAAGAGUUUCAUACUAGGACGAAACGGCCGUCCAGUGCUUUCAGGUUUUCCAUGGUGGUCUAGCUUCAACUGACUCAUGAUUUUAAUCAUUGUAAUGUAUAGUUCCCAUAUUUUACCAAGAUGUUCUGUAAUUUUUCAUUGAAUUCAUCUGACUUCCCAUUAAUUACGGUAUUACUAUUGUGAUGUGUGCUACUAACAUGGUCAGAUAUAAGCAGUGUGUAUCAGUUAUGGGGAAGUGGAAUUCUUACUGACAAAAUAUAUAAAUGAAAUGAAAAGAAAAGAAAAAACUGGAAGCAUUUAAAAUAACAGCAGAAAUGAAGGAACACUGAAGUUCGAAAGAGACAACUCAAAGAAGUGUAAUUGACGUUGUUUACGAAAUUGAGAGGAUGAAAAAGGAAUGUCUGACUCUUUAACCAGGUUGGUGAAUAUGGGGAUUCAACUACAAGAGUUGUAAAAUCACAAUUUCAAACCAAUAGUCCACAUGGGCUCCACAAUCCUGAAGGAACAAAUAACGUAUCAACCUAUUGUUGGUCACGGACCUCAAUGGAACUGCAUCUCCUAACGUUGCUCUACUGUC